UCCAGGAAUAAAAUUCGUCGUGCAGUACGUUAAGUGACAUGGGCAAAAAAUAAUAAUACAAUUUUUAUUUAAUAUGUUUUCAGUGUUCUUGUUAAGUUUAAUACGCGCUGAAGAUAUAUAUAGAGAGAUAGACCCGCUAGCGUUACAACGAUUCGCAGAGUUUAAUUGCUUCAAGUUAAAAACUUGCACUCGUGGAGAUGUACCCGUUUGCGGUUUCGACGAAAUCCAUAGAGUACUAGCUCAGUUUGAAGACAUGUGCACCCUCUAUCAGGUUAACUGUGAAGGAAAAGGCGUAUUUAUGUACGUAGAAGAAAACAUUUGCGAAGGACAGAAACUAUUUGAACAUCAAUACAAGCCAUUUGAAGAAAAUUCUAAGUAUUUUGUUGGUUAAAUAUAUAUAAUUUAUUCUAUUUUACUAAUAUUGGUAUGUUG